AAAAAAAAGAAGAGAGUAGACAGCAUUCCCGCGCCAGCACCGAGAGCUGGGGGAGGGGGGGAACUGUGAAGGCGGCGGCGAGAUUCAGACAACCAGUCGCUCUCCAUGGAUGAACUGGUCAAUAUCUUGGCAAGAACUCAGAAUUGUCGAGCAACAAUGUUUUAUCAUUCGUCAGGUCUUUUACCAAAUACCACCAACUUCCCACUACGCAAGUCUUUAUCUUCCUCUCCAUUCUCCAUGAUUUUCCUCUCACUAUCUCGUCGCCAUAGGUUGAGAAUCAAGAUGUUCUCUCCGAGGGCUUCGUCCUCUGCUUUUCUUGUCGCCGCUUUCCUCUUUUUCUGCAGCUUCUUCUUCUUCGUCGUCGUUCCGGUUUCCGCUCAAGACAAUAUCACCGACCCUGUCGAAGUGAGGGCUUUGAUAGACAUAAGAAGUAGCUUGAGCGAUCCCUUCCGGAGAUUGAGGAACUGGGGACGCGGAGAUCCGUGCGCGUCGAAUUGGACAGGUGUUCUCUGUUUCAAUUCCACAAUGGAUGAUGGAUACCUUCAUGUCCAAGAACUACAGCUACUCAACAUGAAUCUCUCAGGGAGCUUGUCCCCGGAGCUUGGUCGGCUGUCUCGAUUAAGAAUCUUGGAUUUCAUGUGGAACACUUUAUCCGGGAAUAUACCAAAGGAAAUUGGCAAUAUCACGUCGUUGGAACUCUUGCUCUUAAAUGGGAACCAAUUAACAGGCCCCUUGCCCGACGAGCUUGGCUAUCUCCCGAAACUGGACAGAAUACAGAUUGACGAAAAUCAUAUAUCGGGACCAAUACCCAAAUCGUUUGCAAAUUUAAACAAGACCAAGCAUUUUCACAUGAAUAACAAUUCGCUUAGCGGGCAAAUACCACCAGAGCUUGGCCGGUUACCAUCACUCGUUCACCUCCUUCUUGACAACAACAAUUUAUCGGGCUAUCUUCCUCCCGAGUUAUCUGAAAUGCCAAAUUUGCUUAUAGUUCAACUUGAUAACAACCACUUUGAUGGGGCCACCAUUCCAUCUUCUUUCGGAAACAUGUCUAAGCUUCUCAAGUUGAGCCUUAGAAACUGCAGCUUGGAAGGACCAAUGCCGGAUCUAAGCAGGAUCCCAUACCUUGGUUAUUUGGACCUUAGCCGGAAUCAGUUGAAUGGAUCUAUCCCAACAGGGAAGCUUUCCGAUAAUAUCACAACAAUAAAUCUGUCCAACAACAGUCUGACAGGAACCAUCGCUGCAAGAUUUUCAGGUCUUCCCCUCCUUCAAAGAUUGUCACUUGCGAAUAACGCUUUGAACGGUUCCAUUCCCUCCGAUAUUUGGCAGGACAGAGCGUUGAACUCUAACGAGAGUCUUGUCGUGGAUCUUAGGAAUAACGGGUUCUCAAAUAUUACUGGCCGCAGCUCCGAUCUCCCUCCAAAUGUGACCAUCUGGCUCCAAGGAAAUCCAUUAUGUUCAUCUUCAAACUUGAUUCAAUUCUGUGGAGCUCGUGCCGAGGGAGAUGAUGAUUCACAGGUUUCAACAAAUCUUACUGGGGCUUGUCCCCCUUUUGGAUGCCCACCACCUUUUGAAUACUCUCCUCAUUCUCCUGAACCUUGCUUUUGUGCCGCUCCUCUUCUCGUUGGUUAUCGAUUGAAAAGUCCCGGUUUUUCGGAUUUUCUUCCUUACGUGAACGAGUUCGAGAGAUACUUGACCUCUGGCCUCAAGCUGAAUCUGUAUCAGCUGGACAUUGCUUCAUUCCAAUGGCAGAAAGGGCCGAGGCUUCGAAUGUUCCUGAAGCUCUUCCCUGUAGUUCCUCCUACCUCUAACGGUUCUCGCAUCUUCAAUGCUAGCGAGGUUCGGAGAAUCAGAUCCGAGUUCACGGGAUGGAACAUACCAGACAGUGACGUGUUCGGCCCUUACGAGCUUAUCAGCUUCACCUUGCUUGAUGUCUACCGAGAUGUGUUUCCCAUUUCGAAAUCGGGUGUAAGUAAAGGCGUAGUGGUGGGAAUAGUUCUCGGGGCAGUUGUCGCCACUGUCACGCUAACCGCAAUAAUCUCGCUUGUCAUAGUGAAGUUCCGUAUGAAAGGAUACACUCCAGUUUCUAAACGGAAACGAUCUUCAAGGGCACCUAUCAGAAUCGAAGGGGUGAGGAGCUUCGCCUAUUCUGAGCUAUCUCUGGCUACGGACAGUUUCAACAGUUCUACUCUUAUCGGGCAAGGAGGUUACGGAAAGGUUUACAGAGGGAUCCUCGGGGAUGGAAUCAUUGUUGCGAUCAAGAGAGCGCAAGAAGGGUCGCUGCAAGGCGAGAGGGAGUUUCUGACAGAGAUCGAGUUGCUGUCGAGAUUACAUCAUAGGAACCUUGUCUCUCUUGUAGGGUUUUGCGACGAAGAAGGUGAACAAAUGCUGGUCUAUGAGUUCAUGCCGAAUGGUACCUUGCGAGAUAACCUUUCUGAUAAGACGAGGGAAUCUAUGAGUUUCGCAAUGAGGCUGAGGAUCGCUAUAGGUUCAGCCAAGGGAAUCUCGUAUCUACAUACGGAAGCUGAUCCGCCGAUAUUUCAUCGCGAUAUCAAAGCCAGCAACAUAUUGUUAGACUCGAAAUUCGUGGCAAAGGUUGCGGAUUUCGGACUGUCUAGACUUGCUCCGGUUCCCGACAUGGAAGGCAUUGCUCCAAACCAUGUUUCCACUGUCGUGAAAGGAACUCCGGGUUAUCUAGAUCCCGAAUACUUCUUGACUCAUAAACUGACAGACAAGAGCGAUGUGUACAGUCUCGGUGUAGUGUUUCUGGAACUACUGACGGGAAUGCAUGCCAUCUCUCGCGGCAAGAACCUUGUCCGAGAGGUCAAUGCUGCGUAUCAGUCCGGUAUGAUAUUGUCAGUGAUCGACAAGCGAAUGGGAUCGAUCCCCACGGAGUGCGUGGAGAAGUUUGCGACUUUAGCUCUAAGAUGCAGCAGAGAUGAGACAGAGGCAAGGCCUUCAAUGGCGGAAGUGGUGAGAGAACUCGAAAGAAUAUGGAAUCUGAUGCCUGAAUCUCAGGUUGCCAAAACGGCAGAUUUGUCGGAGAGUGAAAGCCAGAGCCGGAAGCCGAUGGCGAGUUCACCGUCGGAGUCAUCUUCUUCGACGUCGGCCAUGAAGAAUCCGUACUCGUCAAUGGAUAUCUCAGGCAGUGAUCUUGUAAGCGGAGUUACUCCCUCCAUAACACCUAGAUAGAUAGACAUAGACAUAGACAUAGGCGUAGGCAUAUAUAAGCAUUAUUGUUCAAAGGCUUGUCUUGUCUGAAAUUUUUGUUGUUCUUGUACGGUCUUCAUGCAUGGUGGUGGGUUAGAAUUUAGAUGCUGUGUAUUGAAACGAGUUAGAUGCUUUGGACUC